GUCGGACAUGGAUGUUGUACUGACCAAAAAUUGAUAUUUCUUCAUGUGAUCAUUCUAUAAAGCACCACUUUGUUGCCCACACAAAGAAAGAAGCAUCGACCCCUAUGAUCUAAGAGGACUCACAGAGCAAGGAGACUAUCUGUCAUAUUGGAGAGCAUUUCAUCGGUACGAAUAUCAACUAAAUGGAUGGAAACUCAAGAUCUUCAUCAAAACGAGCGAAAUUGUUGGUCAUGAAGAUGGGUCCUCGGAUUAAGAAGCUCUCCAUCAAGCAACAGAAUGAGCGCCCGGAGAUUGAGAACAAAAUAUUAGCGAUUGAGAACCACAAAAUGCGCGAGAAGUUGACGACAUACCGAUGUGCUGCUUGCUUGAAGAUUGAAAAUGCCUGCCUGAAAGUCGAGCUCGCACGCUCAUUUCGUAAUGCUGCUGCAAUUCUAGAAGCUGAAGCACAAUCUGAAUUGGAUGUUGGGUUUUCCUCUACAGCACCCCAGGUUCCAGCGGAUACUAGCGCAACUGGACCACUCCAGCCAGGUGCAGCAGGGAGCCAAGAUGAACCGCGGGAGUAAUCAACUGGCAACAAUUUAUUUGCUAUAUCUACAAAAACCUAUAUACAUACAGAAUAAAGGUUUCAAAGACUCGAUGUGUUCAUUACAAUGAGUGGCACUACAAGUCCAUUGUGUCUUAUAGUUAAGCACCAAAACCUUUUUAUGUGUUACUGGUACUUGAGAAGGUUGUAUGUCUUCUCAUCUCUAUCAUUUACAUUUGAGACAUGGGAUAUUAUAUUGUGU